UCGCUUUCCUCCUUCCGCCGCUUGACGGGCGAAGCUCUCCUUUCCUGCACAAGGAAAGGAGAAUAAAUAUAUCAUUCAAAAUAAAACCGUCCUUUCAGAGAUUCUACGAUAUCCAGCCCAAGAUCUUCACUUUCCUCCUUUUACCACCAAUCCGUCCCAAAAUUCCUCAGAUUCCUGAGUCGAAAUGUGGUCCCUUCUUCGCUGGAUUAUUGAAUUCGAGCUCGAAUCCCGGCCUCGGAGAUGGGGAAAUUGAUCCGGAAUUAGGGAGUCUGAGGGAUCUUUUGUGGUUGUUCCGGAAUCUCGGUAAUAUGCGGUCGCUUCUGCCGGGAUGCGCGUCCCCGAAGGUGCAGGAGGAUGGCAGGAGCGACAGCAAAGGCAGGACGCAUCUCUAUUUGAACGUCUACGAUCUUACCCCCAUGAACAAUUAUCUAUAUCUAUUCGGCCUCGGGGUCUUCCACUCUGGGAUCCAAGUACAUGGUAUGGAGUACGGAUUUGGAGCACAUGAGUACCCCACUAGUGGAGUGUUUGAGGUGGAACCAAGAUGCUGCCCUGGUUUUGUCUUCCGGCGUUCUGUGUGGCUGGGCACCACUGACGUGUCUCGUUCAGAGUUCCGCAGCUUCAUCGAAAACCUUGCUGGAAAAUAUCAUGGCGACACCUACCAUCUGUUCGUCAAGAACUGCAAUCAUUUCACUGACGAUGUUUGUAUGCAUUUGACUGGAAAACCAAUUCCAGGAUGGGUAAAUCGGCUUGCAAGAUUAGCUUCAGGUUCUUUCUGCAACUGUCUUCUACCAGAAAAUAUUCAGGUUAAAUCGGUUGGAAAUUUACCAGCUCAACCACUACUCUCCGAAGAUGAGUUGGUGUCAGUUACUUCAUCAACUGUGGAGGAGAGUGAAGAGGAAGAUCCAGAUCAUCAGCUGCUACUGACACCAAACGACGACCCAGCACAUUUAAGAGAGAAACAAUUGAGGCUUGUUAAAGAUGUUCAGUGAAUUUUCCCUCUCCCCUAUUUGUCAUCUCUGUUCUUCAAUGGUGCUUACUGAUUUCACUUGUAUAAUUAUAUGUGCUCCUUAACCCUUGUCUUUGUGUCUCAUUACCCCAAGUCUUAGUCCUCUAAGUGGCCUGCAUCUGCUGUAUUGUUAAAUGUUCUCUUCUUUUCCCAAAUUUGAUGCAGACAUCGACGUCUAAUUCCCUUUAAAUAGAGUGAAGAUCAAAGUGUUCAUAAAUUCUAUGAAGCAUAUGUAUGUUUUUUUGGUUAUUGGAUUA